GGCAGCGCCGUGCACCGCGCACCGCGCUAUGGGGGCCGCUUCCGGCCCGAGGGGACCGCGGCCGCCGCUGCUGCUGCUGUCACUGUUGCUGCUGCCGCUGCCACCCGCCCUGGCGCUGGACCCGGGACUGCAGCCCGGCAACUUUUCCGCAGACGAGGCCGGGGCGCAGCUCUUUGCGGACAGCUACAACUCGAGCGCCGAGCAGGUGCUGUUUCAGAGCACGGCCGCCAGCUGGGCGCAUGACACCAACAUCACCGACGAGAAUGCUCGGCGCCAGGAGGAAGCAGCCCUGCUCAGCCAGGAGUUUACAGAGGCCUGGGGCCAGAAGGCCAAGGAGUUGUACGAGGCAAUCUGGCAGAACUUCACCGACACAAAGCUGCAGAGGGUCAUCGGAGCUGUGCGCACCCUGGGACCUGCCAACCUGCCUCUGGCCAAGCGGGAACAGUACAACUCUCUGUUAAGCAACAUGAGUAGGAUCUACUCCACCGGCAAGGUCUGCUUCCCCAACAAGACUGCCACCUGCUGGUCCCUGGACCCAGAGCUCACCAACAUCCUGGCCUCCUCACGAAGCUAUGCCAUGUUGCUGUUUGCCUGGGAGGGCUGGCACAAUGCUGUGGGCAUCCCAUUGAAACCCCUAUACGAAGACUUCACUGCCCUCAGCAACGAGGCCUACACGCAAGAUGGCUUCUCUGACACAGGGGCUUACUGGCGCUCCUGGUAUGACUCACCUACCUUUGAGGAGGACCUGGAGCACCUCUACCAUCAAUUAGAGCCCCUUUACCUGAACCUCCAUGCCUAUGUCCGCCGUGCACUGCAUCGCCACUAUGGAGACAGAUACAUCAACCUCAGGGGGCCCAUCCCUGCUCAUCUGCUGGGAAACAUGUGGGCCCAGAGUUGGGACAAUAUCUAUGACAUGGUGGUGCCUUUCCCAGAUAAGCCCAACCUCGAUGUCACCAGUACUAUGGUACAGAAGGGCUGGAACGCUACACACAUGUUCCGGGUGGCAGAGGAAUUCUUCACCUCCCUGGGGCUCUCACCCAUGCCUCCUGAGUUCUGGGCAGAAUCGAUGCUGGAAAAGCCAUCUGACGGGCGGGAGGUCGUGUGCCAUGCCUCAGCCUGGGACUUCUACAACAGGAAGGACUUCAGGAUCAAGCAGUGCACACGAGUCACGAUGGACCAGCUAUCUACAGUGCACCACGAGAUGGGCCACGUGCAGUACUACCUGCAGUACAAAGACCUGCCCGUCUCCCUGCGCAGAGGCGCCAACCCUGGCUUCCACGAGGCCAUUGGGGAUGUCCUGGCUCUCUCAGUCUCCACUCCUGCACAUCUUUACAAAAUAGGCUUGCUGGACCAUGUCACCAAUGACACAGAAAGUGACAUCAAUUACUUGCUAAAGAUGGCACUAGAGAAAAUUGCCUUCCUGCCCUUUGGCUACCUGGUGGACCAGUGGCGCUGGGGGGUCUUCAGUGGACGGACACCCACCUCCCGCUACAACUUUGACUGGUGGUAUCUUCGAACCAAGUAUCAGGGGAUCUGUCCUCCAGUUGUCCGUAAUGAAACCCACUUUGAUGCCGGAGCCAAGUUUCACGUACCAAAUGUGACACCAUAUAUCAGGUAUUUUGUAAGUUUUGUCCUGCAGUUCCAGUUCCACCAAGCCCUAUGCAAGGAGGCAGGCCACCAGGGCCCACUGCACCAGUGUGACAUCUACCAGUCUACCCAGGCGGGGGCCAAACUCCGGGAGGUGCUGCAGGCAGGCUGCUCCAGGCCCUGGCAGAAGGUGCUGAAGGAUCUGGUGGGCUCAGAUGCCUUGGAUGCUCAAGCACUGCUUAACUACUUCCAGCCAGUCAGCCAGUGGCUGCAGGAGCAGAACCAGCGGAAUGGCGAGGUCCUGGGCUGGCCAGAGUAUCAGUGGCACCCACCAUUGCCAGACAACUACCCAGAGGGCAUCGACCUGAUAACCGAUGAAGCUGAGGCUAGCAAGUUCGUGGAAGAGUAUGAUCAGACAUCCCAGGUGGUGUGGAAUGAACACGCAGAGGCCAACUGGAACUACAACACCAACAUCACCACGGAGAAUAGCAAGAUCCUGAUGCAGAACAGCAUGAAGGUAGCCAACCACACUCUGAAGUAUGGCACCUGGGCCAAGCAGUUUGAUGUGAGCAAUUUCCAAAAUGCCAUCACCAAGCGGAUCAUAAAGAAGGUUCAAGACCUGGAAAGAGCAGCGCUGCCUGUCCACGAGCUAGAGGAGUACGACCAGAUCCUUCUGGACAUGGAGACCACUUACAGUGUGGCCACUGUGUGCCACACGAAUGGCACUUGCCUACAGCUGGAGCCUGAUCUGGUAAAUGUGAUGGCCACAUCCAGGAAGUAUGAAGAACUGCAGUGGGUCUGGAAGAGCUGGAGAGACCAGGUGGGGAGAGCCAUCCUCCCUUUUUUCCCGAAGUACGUGGAACUCAGCAACAAGGCCGCCCAGCUCAAUGGCUACAUGGAUGCAGGGGACUCAUGGAGAUCUAUGUAUGAGACGCCAUCCCUGGAGCAAGACCUGGAGCAGCUCUUCCAGGAGCUGCAGCCACUGUACCUGAACCUGCAUGCCUAUGUGCGCCGUGCCCUGCAUCACCACUAUGGGCCCCAGCACAUCAACUUGGAGGGCCCCAUUCCUGCCCACCUUCUGGGCAACAUGUGGGCACAGACCUGGUCCAAUAUCUAUGACUUGGUGGUACCCUUCCCUUCAGCCCUCAAGAUGGAUGCCACGGAGGCCAUGAUAAAGCAGGGCUGGACACCCAAAAGAAUGUUUGAGGAAGCUGACAAUUUCUUUACCUCCCUUGGGCUGCUGCCUGUGCCCCCUGAGUUCUGGAACAAGUCAAUGCUGGAGAAGCCGACUGAUGGGCGGGAGGUGGUGUGCCACGCCUCAGCCUGGGACUUCUACAAUGGCAAGGACUUCAGGAUCAAGCAGUGCACCACGGUGAACAUGGAGGAGCUGGUGGUGGUCCACCAUGAAAUGGGGCACAUCCAGUAUUUCAUGCAGUACAAGGACUUGCCUGUGGCCUUUCGGGAGGGCGCCAACCCUGGCUUUCACGAAGCCAUUGGGGAUGUGCUGGCCCUCUCAGUGUCUACCCCCAAGCACCUACACAGCCUCAACCUCCUGAGUAGUGAGGGUGGUGACUAUGAGUAUGACAUCAACUUUCUGAUGAAGAUGGCCCUCGACAAGAUUGCCUUUAUCCCCUUCAGCUACCUCCUCGACCAGUGGCGCUGGAGGGUCUUUGAUGGAAGCAUCACCAAGGAGAACUACAACCUAGAGUGGUGGAACCUCAGGCUAAAGUACCAAGGUCUCUGCCCCCCAGUACCCAGAUCUCAAGGUGACUUUGACCCAGGGGCCAAGUUCCAUGUUCCUUCAAGUGUGCCUUAUAUCAGAUACUUCGUCAGCUUCAUCAUCCAGUUCCAGUUCCAUGAGGCUUUGUGCCAGGCUGCUGGCCACCAGGGUGCCCUGCACAAGUGUGACAUCUACCAGUCCAAGGAGGCAGGGAAGCUCCUGGCGGACACCAUGAAGCUGGGCUUCAGUAAGCCUUGGCCAGAAGCCAUGAAACUGAUCACAGGCCAGCCUAACAUGUCAGCCUCGGCCAUGAUGAACUACUUCAAGCCACUGAUGGACUGGCUCAUCACUGAGAACGAGCGGCACGGAGAGAAGCUGGGCUGGCCACAAUAUGACUGGACGCCAAACUCCGCUCGCUUGGAAGGCUCCUCCCCAGACUCCGGCCUCGUCAACUUCCUGGGCAUGAACCUGGAGCCACAGCAGGCCCGCGUGGGCCAGUGGGUGCUGCUGUUCUUGGGUGUUGCCCUGCUGGUAGCCACCUUGGGCCUCACCCAACGACUCUGCAGCAUCCGCCGUCACAGCCUCCACCAGUCCCACCGUGGCCCCCAGUUCGGCUCUGAGGUGGAGCUCAGACACUCCUGAGAUGAUGGGGCUGACUGGGCUAGCCGAAGUGUGUCCCACGAGACACUAGAAUGGGAACAUGGUGCACAGGCAG